AUGGAAAUCAACACAACAGGCCGUUCACAAACUCGUCCACCACCCAUUAUUAAUGCUUCAAAUAGAACACAAAAAAGGACCGGAACUGCAAAUUUAAAAGUGGACCAAACUCGCAAAUUAAUUACUCAAAUAUUAUUGAAAUUAAAAAAAAGAAAAAAACCUCCUUCACCUUUUCAAAAUUCGGCAGCUUACGUUGAAGAUGGUUUUUCAGAAGAUUAUUAUGCUGACCAUAAUUAUAAUGACGACGAUGGUAACGAUAUUAACAACAACAAUGAAGCUUUUAACACUGAUGACACUUAUGACUUGUUAAACCAACUUAGAGACGUUUUAAUCGUUUGUGAAAUGCAUGGAAUAAAUUUUGCAACUCCACCAGAAUCUCCUUUUUCCUCAAGAGAUCCUUCUCCAAAUCGUGGUCGUUCACCUUCACCAUCAAGAUAUAUACAGGAUAUUCCGUUUAUUAAAAAGGGUUCCACUAUUCUAAAUUCUAUUUUGGAGGUUCUGUAUGACAUAGUUCAUAAUGAUUGUCGUUACAAAAUCACUUCUCCUAGACCAACAAGACCGCCUAAUGCCUUACAAGCUAUUACUUUAGAUGUAGCUCGUCUUUUAGUUAAUCAAAAUCCUUAUUCUCCUGUUUGGCUUUACGAAUUGGGAAUGACUAUGUUACCUGGUUUUAAUUACUUUGGUGAUGUUUUACGUUCAAAAUUAUUGAUUUUUUAUAUCGAUUUUUUACUUGAACACUUGGUUGCUUGUCAAUAUGAUUUUAUAAUUGAAAAUUCAACUGAUGAAAAAUUAAAUCAUUUCGAUGGGAGACUUUUGAAUGAGAAUGAAAAUACUUCACAUAUAAAUAUUACUAUAAAUUCUGACGAUACAAUAACUACGUCAAAUAUUCAAUAUUUGGAUGUUAAAAAAUCACCAAGGAUAGAGUCUAAUAAUAACAACAACAGUAAUAAAAGGGAUUCUCUAAAUCGAUCAUCAAAAAGACUUUCUAUUUCUUACACUGGCGAUCUUGACAUAGAUUCAUAUUAUAUUGAUUCAAUGUUCACACCCCUUUUGUAUUCUAUGAUUCAAUUUAUCAGUGUCGAGAAUUCUUCAUUGGAAACUUUGUAUCAGAUGCAUCGAACACUAGACGUUAUGAUUCGACACAAACCGGAUCUUUAUCAUGACAUUAUAGAAAUAAUUGCGCACGGUGACACACCAAGUCGUAAUCAAGCAAUUAAUAUUUUAUUUCAUUAUUGGGGAAAUAGCACAGGUCAUCCUGCUAUAGGGAAAGCCUUACCGAGCGUUGGCUAUUUGGAUGACUUGAUGGCAAAAGAAAAUCCGCAAACUUCUCAAUCACCACCCACAAAUAAUAGAAAUUCUUCAAAUGUGAUCAAAGACGUUCAUCUUCAUCCAAUUUAG